UUUCCAAACUAACAAAGCUGCGGUUUCAGUGAAAGAUCGAUCGGACUUGGAGAAGAAGACGCGAGAGGAGAAGAGAAGAGAAGAUGGUUGGAGCGAAUCUGAAAGCGGAGACGAUGGCUCUAAUGGACAAGAGAGCAGCGAUGGAGACGGAGAUGAACUCUAUUGUCCAACGUCUCUGCAAUCCCGGCGGUCCUGGUCUCUCCGGCAACCUCAUCGACUCUGAGGGAUUCCCGCGGGAAGAUAUUGACAUUCCGAUGGUGAGAGCUGACCGUCGUCGUCUUGCUGAGUUAAAGAGUGAGCACAGCGAGAUAACGGAAAAGAUAAAUGUGAACAUUCAAAUUCUUCAUUCAGUGAGGCCUACAGCUAGAGCUUCAUCCACAAAAGAUUCAGGUUCAGAGGAAACAAGCUUGUCAGGCGCAGUGACUUCCUUAUCUGCCUCCAUGCAGACAUCUGGCUUCAGUGUUACUUCCCGUCCCAUGGAUGUGGAUGUGGUUACUAGUAUUCCCUUUGCCAUGGUUGAUGAGAUAACCGAGUCAUCUCCAGCAGCAGAGGAUGGAUUACAGCUUGGAGAUCAGCUUGUGAAAUUUGGCAACGUGGAGGGUGGUGACAGCCUGUUGCAAAGGCUUGCUGCUGAAGCUCAGUCUAACCAGGGACAAGCAGUUUCUGUUCAAGUUUUGAGGCAAGGUGCAAAAGUUGAUUUAUCUGUCACACCAAGGAUAUGGCAAGGCAGAGGUCUAUUGGGGUGUCAUUUCCGAUUGGUAUGAGCUCCUUUCUUGGAUUAUCGUUUGGAGAUCUGGAUAUGGUGAAAGGAACCCAACUAAAAUAGUAUUUGGUCUGUACAAUUAAGAGGCUUCCUUCCUCAUCUAAUUCUUAACAAUGGUUUAGGUGGAUUAAACAAAGGAUAAUUGAAAUUCCAAUCAUUGAGUUUUUUUACCCA